AUGCUUCAAUCUAAAGACACUAUUAACUCCUACUUCUCAUCUUCUCAAGAUCAACCUCAGAGCCUUACAGAGAUCGAUCACAUUGUCUUUGGGAUCGGAUCGAGCUUGAACUCGUGGCCUGCACGUAGAGAUUAUGUUAAGCUUUGGUGGGAUACUCAAAGAAUGAGAGGGUGUGUAUUUGUUGACCAAGCUCUCUCGGCUUUGGAGAACAACACAGAUUCUCAUCUUCUCCCUCCGAUUUGUGUUUCUGAAGAUACGUCACGGUUUAGAUACACUUGCGCAGGCGGCGACAGACGCGCGAUAAGAAUCGCGCGGUGCGUUUUAGAAACCGUAAGGAUGUUUAAUACCUCUGCACAUGAAGUAAGAUGGUACGUGUUUGGAGACGACGACACGAUAUUCAUCCCGGAAAACCUCGCAAGAACACUCUCUAAAUACGACCACAGAUCUUGGUAUUACAUAGGAGCUGCCUCAGAGAUUUAUGAGUCGAACAGGGUGUUUGGAAACGACAUGGCGUUUGGCGGUGGAGGAAUCGCUUUAAGCAGUUCGUUGGCUAACGUUUUAGCUAAAAAUUUCGAUUCUUGCAUCGAACGGUAUCCAUAUUUGUACGGAGGAGACUCUAGGAUUCAUGCUUGUGUGCUUGAGCUUGGAGUUGGUUUGUCUCACGAACCUGGCUUCCAUCAGUUUGAUCUGAAUGGAAAUGCAUUGGGAAUAUUAACGUCACAUUCAACGAGACCAUUGGUGUCUCUACAUCAAAUGUCCCACCUUGAUCCACUUUUCCCAAACUCAACCACUUUCUCAACCGUCCAACACCUCUUCUCCGCCGUAGAACUUGAUCCUCUCCGUAUACUUCAACUCUCCGUUUGCUACGACCGUCGGUACUCUUGGACCAUCUCUGUCUCCUGGGGAUAUACUGUUCAGAUUGAGAGUAGGCAUAUGUUUGUACGUGAUGUUUUGCGAACACAACAAACGUUCCGACCAUGGCAAAAUUUCGGCGGGUUGGCAAGUGUGUACACAUUCAACACAAGAGAGUUUAAUCCUGAUCCCUGUAAAAGACCUGUCACUUUCUUCAUGGAAUAUGUUUCCUCUGAUCCCGGUGAUGGAACUAUCAAAAGUGUGUAUAAGCAAGCUUACGAGAAUUGCACGUAUGAUCCCAUUUCAUCGCCCCGCAAAAUUGAAGAGAUUAGAGUGUUCUCGACAAGACUCGAUCCCGAUAUCAGACAAUUGAAGGCUCCGAGAAGACAGUGCUGUGAUAUUUUACAUAAUUCGACCGAAGGAAAAGUAAUGGAAAUUGCGAUUCGAGAAUGCAAAGAGGAUGAAUUCAUCUAUAUGCAACCCUAG